AUGUUUCUAAAAUUCCUAUUUGUGUUUUUGGUUCUGAGUGUGGCUGUUAGGUCCCAAUUUUACGAGAACAAGAGAUGUCGUUGUAUUUGUCCCACUCCAGCUUCUGUCAGCCUCAAUAAUAGCUCAAAAUCGGACAGAACAUUAUAUAUUGCUUAUGUUCCACCAAGCAAAUGUAAUUGUGAUGGUGUUAUCUUACCAAAGGUAACCGAUGAGAUAAAAGAUAAUGCACAAAUGUUUUGCCCAAGAUGUGACUGUCGAUAUGAGACAAGGAAUACUACAAUAAUCAUGGUUGUGGUCAUAUUAGUAGUUUGGAUGGUGAUGCUGUUAGUAGGUUAUUAUAUUUUUUUGGUGUUCCUGGAAUUUUUAAUAAGUAGGAAACAAACACAACAUAAUCAAAAUAAGGGAGAUAUGGAGGAGGUUAAUAAGUUUUUUAAUGAUAAAUGGCUGACUAUUUAUUUAUAUUGA